AUGGUCCAACUAACAACCACCCCGCGCCUGCGCCGCGCAGUCCGCAUCUACAACGCGCUCCCCACGACCACCACACCGCUCCCCGCCGACGCGGUCGCCCUCUCGCACGAGCAGAUCCGCGCCGUGUCGCGGGCGCUCGCGCACCACCCCGCCGACUCCGACUCCGGGGAUGGGGACUACACGUUUUCGACGCUCCUCCGGGGCAGCGGGAUCUUCCACGCGCCGCCGGCCCCUGCGCCUGCGAAGACUCCCGAAUACAUCGCGCUGAUGGCGCGGCUCCGGCGCGACGAGGAGGAGCGCGAGUACACGGCGCUGCUUGCGGCACCCCAGCACGCAGCGUCCACCUCAAUCCUGAGCGAAGACGAGGACUGGAAACUUGUCAAGAGCCAGAUCUCGAUGAUCUUCAAUGUGCUGCUCAGUGUGCUGGCUACGGCGGCCGCCGUGUGGAAGGUUGCUGGUGCGUGGGAUGUUGCUGCGAGGUUGGGCGUGGCGUUUCUGGCUGCGAUUGUCGUCGCUGUUGCAGAGGUGGUGCUACUGUGGGGGUAUCUUGGAAGGGUCGAGGAGGCGGGAGAAAAGGAGAGGCAGAGGGGGAAGGGCGAGGUCAAGGGAGCUACGGGGGUUAGUUGGAUUGUUGGGCUGGGAGGUGUGGUUGAGAAGAGGGGUAGUAGUGGGAUGGGUGGGAAAGGGUGA